AAAGGAUCGCACAUACUCCCUCUGGCCGAAUUUAUUCAAUUUCUCAUUCUGCUAUUUCAACGCAGCAAAAUUAAACAAGAGUCGGAUUGCGACCUGCUAGCUUAAUCAAUUUCGGGUUACUGAAUAAAUAUAAAUGGGUCUUUGAAAGACAUUUUGUCAACAUCGAACGCAGAAAAUGGCGGAUAUAUAAAUCGGACUAACACAACAUUUUUGUCAUAUUUGAAAAUUCUCCAGUCAUUUUGCCUAGUCAUUGCGUCGCUUCGUGGAAAGCAAGUGACAAUUAUAACUGGCCGAAAAGGUUGAUAUUGCAAAGGACAAACGACCUACAGCGAGCUGUCUCAAUAAUGACCAGAUUAGCUUGUAGCAGAGGGUGGUAUCCAGCAAUUCAAAGGCGCUCUUGAGAACGGGUUACGGUUCGCCAAGAGGUCAAUCUGCCGCUGCCUCUCGUGUGUAUAAAAGGGUCGUGUCAGAGGGCCUUUCACAUCAAGCUUCUUCAGACGCUACCAUUGGAAUCAUAUAAAAACAAUCAUGCAUUGCUAAAAUUACCAACAAAAUAAAGAGCUUAAGACAACAUUUGAAGAGCAGUUUCAUUCCGUCUUGCUUGCACGUUUGCUCUACAAGGGCUAGACCGGUUCAAUCAAAUGUUGGUUCAGCUUUUUAAGCGAAAAAUGCAAUUGGGAAAGUGUGCAACGAAGAAGAUAUCACUCUACAAUAGCAGGCCGGGACAAUAAAGGAACCUGCGAAAAAAGAGUCUUGAAAAAAACAAACUUGUACAGCGAGAAAUCUUCUUCUUUAAAGAAAGCUAAGCUCUAAAAAUCGUUUUCCCUUCAGUAUUUCAUGAUGGAGAAUUUACCAUUCUGGGCUAGUUUAAUUCUGACGUUUAUUGGUAUAACAAUAGCAGUUGGCAAUGGGACAGUUUUUGUUGUCUAUUGUUCCAACAAACAGCUAAGAACAAUGACAAACUACUUUGUUCUUUCGCUUGCAGUUAGUGACUUUCUGGUAGGGACAGUAUUAUUGCCAUUGCGUGUUUGGUCGCCGGAAUCUCAAGCUCUCGGUCCUCUGAUUGCAUUCACUCUCAUUGCAUCACUCUCUAACAUAUCAGGAUGCACAUAUGAUCGUUACAUAGCAAUUCACAGACCACUUCGCUACCAUUCUAUACUCACAAAAAAGAAAGUGCACAAGAUCAUAGUUGCCAUCUGGGUUGUUCCAUUAGUAGUGGCAAUCAUUCCUCAGACAUGGCUGAACCCAGCUGUCGGAAUACGCCCAGACAUCAUUGGCAGAGUUCAACGCGUGUAUGUUGCACUGAUGAGUUUUGGUGUUCUGAUCACAUGUUUAGUGUUGUUAGGAAUUUACAUAAGCGUAUUCUGUGUUGCGAAACGGCACUUUGAGGCGAUAGCUUACCUUAACAGCUUUGCGGACCAAAGACGUCAUCAAGGACAGGAUGGAUCUCGACCAAAUAUGAAAUCACGUCGAUUUUCAUUGAAGUCUUUGGUCAAAGAUGUCAAGGCAACAAAGCUGGUUGCUAUGAUCGGUGCUGCCUUCGCCAUAUGUUGGCUGCCCUUGAUAAUAAUCAACAUCUUUGAGUCAAUAGGCUGCUUAGAGCUUUUGCCAAUCGAUUUUGUCACAGUCGCUUUGUUCACCAUUUUCUGUAACAGUUUGGGUAACCCUGCGAUCUACGCAUUCUUUCAACGCGAAUUCCGUGUCGCCGUCUCUUCUUAUGUGCGGAAGAUCUUCAAGAAAAACAGAGCCCGGAGUUUCCAAACCUCGUUAUCAAGCAACAGCCAUCUAGAACACGAGUCCUUUUGCAAUACAGGCGACGAAAGAAAUUCGAUAGCUCUUAACAGUAUAGAAAGAGACAACCAACCCCAAAGCGCUGUCAGGCAAGCGGGAAGCAAUAAGUCGAAGCACCAUUCAGUCGUAAGCUUCAUAGGCCAAUGCGCUUAGAGCAUUGUUGCAAAAUUUAUCAGCAAACUAACCAGCAACCAAUGGGAGGCUUCAACUGAUCUCUAACACUUUAGAAAUAUUACAGAGUCAUCAGUAACACUUCUGGCGAUUAAAAAUCAGCGUCGCGUUGCAGUAGAUGUCCACUUGAGACGGGCUCAAUAUAAAGCAAAAAAAACUUGAACUUUUGCCUGUCUUUGCCAUCUGCCAAGACUAUCUCCAACUUCCUUACUUUGAUGCAACUUACAGCAACGUUCGUGGCAAAAAGUGGUCUUUCAGAAGACUCUUCACGGGCAACUGUGCAAAAGGACCAAUUUUACGAUUCAGUCAAAUUGCUGUUAUCGGCCAUCACUGUUUGUGGAUUACAAACCAGGUUAAUUUUGAGGUAGGUACCACCUGGAAGGCAGACAAAUUGUUAUGGUUUUUUUCAAGUACCCACAUAUGUAGGGGUUCAGAAAAGUGAUGGUGAACGGCGAUCUGCUGGGACUUAAGGGGUGAACUGCUCUCAACUUAUAAUGAUGUCAACGCAAUUCUUAUAUAGGUUUUUGCAUCAGAUAGGAGAUUUUUCAUUUCCUCCUCCAAAGAGGUAUUACGUCUGAGUGCUAACCUUUUAACCCCAUUUUCACCCCUUUGUUCCCAGCAGAUCGCCGUUCGCCAUAAUUUUUCUGAACCCCAACAUAUGUGGGUACUUGGAAAUAGCCACAGCAAUUUGUCCGCUUUCAGGUGGUACCUACGCCACAAAAAUAUGAACCUGGUCUAUUACUUCGACGAAUUCGGAAAACAAAGACCUUACAUGGGACACAAAAUAAAACUUUUCUAGAAAUGAAUCUCGUGUCAGCACGAGUUUAAUUUUAAUUGCUGGUCACGUGCUGGUCACGUGCUGAUCACUUGCUGGUCACGUGCUGAUAGACGCACUGCCAUGUUUAUUAUGUGAAGUCAGAAAAAAGUGUUGUGUUUCGUGAUGUGUUUUGUGGCAGAACGAAAUAAAGCCGAAAUCAGUCUAUGUAUCUCUAUCCUGUAUACAAGAUUUCAUUUCCUUCCUGCAGAAUGGAGACUCAAUUACACACGAAACAAAGAUUCACUUUGGCUUCGUGUAAGCUAGAGACGUUACCGUCAUUAGUUUUGUCUUGGCCUUUCGGGCUUCAGGUAGAGGUAGUCUUAAAACAAAAAAGAAGUUUAAAGUCAAGCCGAUGAGACCCAGCAAUGGCCUCUAAAUGAUUCACCAAAUCAGAGCCGCCACCUUAGGCCUCUCUGAGAACGAGGCAAUCGUUCCUUUUAUGAACAACUAUUCCUUAAAAAAUAUCCCAAUAUUCCUUACAAAGGUUACGCAAAAACUGCUGACAAAACACUGUCUAUGUGUCAAAUCAGUAAAGUAUAAUCCGUAUAACGGCAAAGGAAACAAAGCUUAUGUUUUAAUAUUACGUUUAACGUUUAACAUAGACUUAAGAGCUCUUAGAACCGUAUCUGCAGUGCAGUUUGCUUUAACAAAAUUCUUUUUGAUUGAAAAAUUGAUAUUUUGGAAGCAAAAAAAUCCAUAAUAUUUUGAGUCCCCUUCAAAGACAACAGCUUUUCGGCCUCGCUAUCGCUGCUCAACAUUGCAAGAUCUGUAAGCCUGAUUGUGUAAUCGGACAGGAUAGAGCUUAUUUAGUUUUACUGCAGCUUGAGCUUGCUUAAGAACACUCGGCAUAUGCCCCCAACACAGAUACGGUAAUAAAUUUUGUAAAAGUAAGGCAAAAAUUAAAGAAAUUUCAAUCAGCUUGAAAUUUGCUUUCUGAUUGUUGGUCAAAGCAUAUGAAUCAGUUUAAUAGCAGCAUGGUGUAGUCAGGGACGCCGGAACGACCAAGGGGCAAGGGAGCAGGUUGAGUAAAAGGGCACUUGAAAGAUAACUCCUUACUUCUACUAAUUUCUUCUACUAAAUGCCAUUUUAAUUCAAUCUUCUUUAGAUAUCUUGAAAAUUGGCUAACUUUUGGCAUAAGGAUUUAUUUUCUCUCUGACCCCUCUCGCUCUUCAAUCAAACGGCAACAGGAGCAGUCGACCCCCCGCGCCUGCCUGUCUUCUCUGGCGUCCCUGGGUGUAGUAUCCUAAUCUAUUUGAACUGAAGCCUAGAAGUUUUAUCUCCGAACCCCUUCCUUCCCUCGAAAGUAUUGCCUGAAGGCUAUAAAGUUCUUAAUAGUAAACUUUUCUAGAACUAAAUUAUGAAAAAUAACCUUCGGGGUAUCUUAUGUAAAUGUAAAUGGAUUGUGUAGUACCCUUAGUAUCCUAAAUUGGCAAUUAUGCCAACACGUUGUUUUAAAACAAUGGGAAAUUCCUAAGCUUAACAUUAUGAAUGGAAAUGCUAAUAAAAUUAAAAAAAUUCAUCAAGACUGUUUUUUCUAAAUUGUGUCGUUUCUAAAAUCUUGAACAACAGCGAAAGCAACCGAUGCAUCAUCAUCUUAGCCUCUUUCUCAGAGACGUUAAUUCUGCGAGAGGCCUAAACAUGCGUAGGCAAAUGAUCAAACAUCAUAAG